GUCGCGAAUCGCUAUUAUCUCGGUCUUUCGGUGUCGCGGGUCAGAGAGUCUACUACGUUGCAGUAGUAGAAUCAGUGUGGUGCUAGCAAUAAGUAAAUGUAGCUAGUGCAGUAAUUUGUCAUAUCAUAGAAGCGUUGACUUAGUUUGCCACUAACAAUGGCACUUUAUAGCAUAAAUAAAUACAUAUCAUCCAGUGUUGGUUUGACCAGAUAUUUUGUAUAAGUCGCUUCCCUUGUCAUAUUCUUCUACUACCUGAAAUGCCAUCAUCUACUCUUUCUACCUACAACGGGAGCUGGAGCGCCGAAACUCGGGCAGUUCCAGCCCUCGCAUUCAUCGAGCAAUACGCUCGGACCGUGGACUCACUGAACCUCACUGCUGCCUUCUCAGAUUGGUACGCUCCCAGUAGCGUCUUCUACAACAGCGACGGCGUCAUCUACCGCGGCGGAGAUGAGAUAUGGACUUGGAUGAAGAGCCUGUUUGGCCCUUUCAGCGCCCUGCAUCACGACGUGGAGCGUAUCCGAGCGUUCGACGAAGAGGUGAUCUUUAAAGAUGCCAAGAUAUCUGCUACAAGAAUCAUCUUGGAGACUAAGACGGCGUUUACUGUAAAUGGCCUUCCUGGGGGUUCGCCAAUUGUCGUCCCGAGGUUGCUACAGUUCUUGGUUGGGGCAAGUGACGAGGAAGGCCAGGGAACGGAUGGGUUACAGAUUUUGGAGGCGAAUGUGUGGUGGGAUAGCGGAUCGCUACAGAAACAGAUUCGGGUUAGAAAAGAGUCAAAAGACGCAUCCUAAUGAACAAAGCGAUAAUAAUACCAUAG